CCGUGGUUUUUGGCAGUAUUCAGUCAUUCUCACUUAAGUGUAUUAUGGUUAUGUGCUGACACGCCUUUCUUCACCAUUCACUUCUGUUGUUAUUGUCAUAACCAGCCUUAUGUGAACAACAGUGAGCCUGUUAUCUUGGACUGCUUUGACACCCGAGAUCCAAUCAUCCACAAGCUUGUACUAGUCAAAUUACAAGGUUGCUUUCUUUGCGAAAUAUCGAACUGGCAGCAUCGAUCAUGAAUCAUAUCAUCUAGAAACCUUUCCUGUUUCCCUUGCCUCGGCAUCUCAUACUGGAAUACCUCUAAUUCCAGCUUUCGAGCGCAAACCACCAAAAGUCGAACUCAAGUCCACGAAACACAGGUACCUGGGGUCACGUCAUAAUUUGGGCUAGGUCCCACAAUGCCACUCGUGCCCAAGCAGCCUUAUCUACCUGUGAGCCCAGGUGUGCUCCUUGCGUUGAUAAAACCGGAUUGCCAAAGAUUUGCUCUCUGUCGCAAUGGACGGUCCCGAUGAUAGACGCGAUGGAGAUGCGCAGGUUUUAUCCGCAAGCGCAAAUAAUUCGACAGCACAGCAAGACCUGGAGGCCGCUAAGAAAGAUUUCGAUAUCCCACCAGCAACUGCCCUAGAGCUCUUGUACCUCAACAUCGAGAUGCUUGUCAAGUUGGCUGAAGACCAAGGUUUGCCCGUUGACAGGAACUCGGUGAGCCUGUCUGGGUCUCGGCGUGAUAGCAUCUCCAGCGGAGAAGUCACUCCAAUAAGGGUCACCGAGUUGCACUGCUCUCCGGCAGGUUAUGUCGGGGCCGGUCAUGAUUUCGUUCAGCAGAGCGUCCUAUCCAAAAGAUUCGUCUCAAAGCGCGAACCACCGAUCAACAUGAAGGACUAUCUGCAACGGCUGCACCGAUACUGUCCGAUGUCGACAGCUGUUUACAUAGCUGCAAGCGUGUACAUUACUAGAAUGGCCGUGGUUGAAAAGGUCGUGUCAGUGAAUUCGAGGAACAUGCACCGCCUAGUGCUGGCUAGUCUCCGCGUGGCCAUGAAAUCCCUUGAAGAUCUCAGCUAUCCCCACCGUCGUGUAGCCAGAGUCGGUGGGGUGAGUGAGGGCGAACUGUCGAAGCUCGAGAUCAGCUUCUGUUUCCUUGCAGACUUCGAACUGCGAGUUGAUCUCCAAAUGCUCGUCGACCAGGUCAAGUACCUUGAGCGGUCCAUAGGCAUUGAGAAGGAUUGUUCCUGAAUAACAUCGCCAACUUGGUUGAUUAGGCCAUAGCUAUGGGCCGCCCAAGCACCUUCAGUGGCAGACAGGGAACUUACCGGCCCCCGAGCGUGUCAAAUCUUACACCACUGACGUCGAACCUAUGGACGAUAUCUCCCUUCAAAGCCACAUCCGACGGGUUUAUUUUGCAUUGAGGCCUGGGCCCAAUCAUAUUUAAGAUGCACCAAUUUUCUGCCCUUCUAUGUCGAAAGUGUCCUCGUCCUCUCCUUGUUUUCUGUUCCUCUUUUGUCAUUUUUCUUUCAUCCUUCCCCCUUUUUUGUAGGAGGAAGGAAGGGGCUCUUUGUGGUGGCUGGACCAGGCUGGGGCUUCUUGGAAUAACCCAAUGCAUUACUCAUUUGGGCACUUAAGUAUUGAGUAUUUUGAGUUUCAAUGUGCUGGUCUAUCAAUUAGAGAACAAUAAGGAACCUGCAUAAUCAUGUUUCACG